UACCCAAAGAUAUUGCGCCAUGGAGCCGGGCGUCAUCCGGAAGUUGGACGAGGUGGUGGUGAACCGCAUAGCCGCCGGCGAGAUCAUCCAGAGGCCCGCGAACGCCCUGAAAGAGCUGCUCGAGAACAGUUUGGACGCCAAGUCGAGUCACAUCCAAGUGCAGGUAAAGGCCGGCGGUCUGAAGCUUCUCCAGAUCCAGGACAAUGGCACUGGGAUACGGCGCGAGGAUCUGGCCAUCGUCUGCGAACGCUUCACCACCUCCAAGCUGUCCCGCUUCGAGGACUUGGCCCAAAUAGCUACGUUCGGCUUCAGGGGAGAGGCGCUGGCCAGCAUCAGUCAUGUGGCGCAUUUGUGCAUCCAGACCAAGACGGCGAAAGAGAAGUGCGGCUACAAGGCCACCUAUUCGGAUGGCAAGCUCCUGGGACAGCCAAAACCGUGUGCCGGAAACCAGGGAACCAUUAUCUCCAUCGAGGACUUGUUCUAUAACAUGCCGCAAAGGAGACAGGGGCUCCGUUCGCUUGCAGAGGAGUUCCAACGACUGUCCGAUGUUCUGGCCAGGUACGCUGUCCACAAUCCCCACGUGGGCUUCACUCUCCGCAAGCAGGGCGAUGCACAACCCGCCCUGCGCACUCCAGUGGCCAGUUCCCGGUCCGAAAACAUUCGGAUAAUCUACGGGGCAGCCAUUUCCAAGGAGCUGCUGGAAUUUAGCCACCGGGAUGAGGUUUUCAAAUUCGAGGCUGACUGCCUGAUCACCCAGGUCAACUAUUCCGCCAAGAAGAGCCAGAUGCUCCUGUUCAUUAACCAGCGACUGGUGGAGUCAAUAGCUCUCAAGGCCGCCGUGGACUCGGUGUAUGCCACCUACUUGCCUCGAGGCCACCAUCCCUUCGUCUACAUGAGCCUCACGCUGCCGCCCCAAAAUCUGGAUGUGAAUGUUCAUCCCACCAAGCACGAGGUGCACUUCCUGUACCAGGAUGAAAUUAUAGAAAAAAUCAAGCAGCAGGUAGAGGCCCGUCUCCUGGGAAGCAAUUCCACGAGGACCUUCUACAAACAGCUUCGGCUACCAGGAGCUCCAGACCUAGAUGAAACGCAGGCAGCGGAUAAAACACAGCGCAUCUAUCCCAAGGAACUGGUGCGCACCGACUCCAGUGAACAAAAGAUAGAUAAAUUUCUGGCGCCUUUGAUCAAAAUUGAAACAGGUGUGUCAUUCAGUUCCCCCCAGGAGGCUUCUCCUCUGCCAGAGGAGAGUUUUCGAGUCACUGUGGCGAAGAAAUCCCGAGAAGUGCGUCUUAGCAGUGUGCUCGACAUGAGAGUCCGGGUGGAGCGGCAGUGCAGUGCUCAGGUCAGGAGCAUCCUCAAGAACAUUGUCUAUGUGGGUUGCGUAGACGAAUUCCGCUCACUAUUCCAGCAGGAAACGCGCCUCUAUAUCUGCAACACCCGCUCCUUCAGUGAGGAACUCUUUUACCAGCGGCUGAUCUACCAGUUCCAAAAUUUGUCUGAGAUUACUAUAAAUCCACCGCUGCCACUAAAGGAGCUCCUAAUGCUUUCGCUGGACAGCGAGGCCGCUGGUUGGACGCCCGAGGAUGGCGAUAAGGCUGAACUGGCUGCCAGUGCUGCUGAGGUACUGAUUAAAAAGGCACCUAUUAUGCGGGAGUAUUUUGGGCUGCGCAUCUCGGAGGAGGGCAACGUGGAAUCUCUCCCCAGUUUGGUAGCCCAGCAUCGUCCCAAUGUGGCCCACCUACCAGUUUACCUUCUUCGCUUAGCCACCGAUGUGGAUUGGGAGCACGAGGCUCGUUGUUUCGAGACAUUCUGCAGGGAAACAGCUCGAUUUUAUUCAAAAUUAGAUUGGCGGGAAGAAUCGGCUGGCGCACAUUCCAGAUGGACCACGGAACAUGUCCUAUUUCCAGCCUUUAGAAAGUAUCUCCUGCCACCAACUCGUCUCAAGGAAAAAAUCUUCGAGCUCACCAACCUGCCCACGCUUUACAAGGUAUUCGAGAGGUGCUAGUAUGCAUUUUUAAUGUUCUUUUUUUGUUAAACAGUAAUGCUUUAGAAACAAGAUCUCCUGGAUCAUAACCUAUUCAACUAUAUUGAUAUAUUUCAGGGACCGUAACCGGUAUAACUCUUACUUUUAAAAUCAUUCCUUAAUCGUUAUUCAUCGCCUUUUAUUUAUAGGUCAUAAGGCAACUGUUAUUUUCCAACUUUUAUAUAAAUGUCUGUAAAUAAGUUAUUUUCUGGCUAAAAAAUAAAAGCCUUCCCGUAACUUUUAUUCAAUGACUUAAAUGAAAAGAUAAAAGUCUAAAUAUCUGUUAUUCGAAGACUUUUACUAAAAAAUUCAAUAAAUAGUUAAUGAUCAAAAACGUACAAGUCUUAAAUAUCUGUAGCCAACGGAAAUAACGCAGAAAGCUCGUAUAUUGGAAUUUGGUUGGUUCCUCUUGUUCUACAGAAGUUGCGAAUUCAUAAUUAUGGGAAUUUAUGAAUGGCUUCAAAUGGUGAAUACUAACAAAUUUGUUACAAUAGUCAAUAGUGUUUACUCUUGCUCUAAAGAAUUCGCCGAUUCAUAUAUUUAGUAAUUUGCGGAUGGUUGAAAAUGGCCAGACAAAUAUGUAACAAUGGUCAAAAGUGGUUCCUCUUGUUCUGAAGAAUUUGCGGUUCCAUGUGAUGGAUGGCCAGCACUAAAAAAUUGGUUACCAUUGUGAAUAGUGGUUCCUCUUGCUCUAAAGAAUUCGCGGUCGCAUUGUGUCAAAGAAUUUAUGUGUAUAACUACAAAAUCCAAUCUUGAGAACAUACAUACAUAAGUACAAAAUUCUACCAAAUUCAAGCAAGAGACAAGCAAAAAAUAUUUUAGACUUACAUUUUCGGCCGUUCAAAUAAAAAUUAUUUAAUGACUUUUUUAAUAAGUCUUCUCAUAACAGUUACUUGGACUUUUAUUUUUUCAGUCUAAUGACUUAAAUAAAAGUUACGGGAAGAAUUUAACUUUUCAGUCAAGAAAUAACUUAUUUACAGACUUUUAUAUAAAAGUCAGACGAUAAUAGUUAGUUCAUGAACAUUUCCAAAAAAGUUAAAUUUUUUUAAGGUCUUUGUGAGAUUGAAUAAACUACAAUAAAUUGGA